AAACCGCGUUAUGUUCGAGCGCGCGAUUUGAGUUAGCUUGGUCAACACAAGUUCAUGUGCUGUUGUGUGAAGCCAUGAGUAAGCCGAAUUCUGCCCAUACUCUCCCCCCUAAAGAGCUUUCAAUAUUCAAAAGAGUUGCCAAAUAUUAUGAUCAAAAACAGUAUAAGAACGGAUUAAAGUAUGCUAAGCAGAUACUGAGCAACCCCAAAUUCAGUGAACACGGAGAAACGCUAGCGAUGAAAGGAAUUUUGUUGAACUGCCUUGGAAAGAAAGAUGAAGCCAGGGAAUAUGUGAAACGUGGCUUGAAGGCCAACAUAACCAGCUUUGUUUGUUGGCAUAUUUACGGUUUGAUUCAUAAAUCUGACCACAAGUAUGAGGAGGCCAUAAAAUGUUACCUGCAGGCACUAAAGUUAGACAACGACAAUUUACAAGUACUGAGGGAUCUCUCCGUCCUUCAGAUGCAGUUAAGAGACUACGAAGGAUGCAGGGACAUUCGUUACAAGUUAUUGUUGUUACGGCCUAGCCAAAAGGCUUCUUGGAUAGGUUAUGCUUUGAUACACCAUCUGCUCGGAAAUUACGAAACUGCACUUACAGUUAUCAAUGAGUUCAGAAAAGGCCAAAGCGAAAUACCGGCUUUCGACUAUGAGCAUAGUGAACUACUGCUUUACCAAGCAAUGAUUAUGCUAGAGGCUGGGAAAGAGGAGGAUGCUUUAGAACAUUUGGAAAAAAACUGCAAUGAAAUAGUCGACAAAAUAUCCUUGUUGGAAAUGAAGGCCCGAAUUCUACUAAAGCUUGGGCGCUAUCAAGAGGCAGCUGAUUGUUCAUGGGAACUCAUUGAUCGGAACCAAGAAAAUCGUCCUUACUUUGAGCUUCUUGCUCAAGCGAAUACUGCACUGGUUACUGGGAACACAAAAGAAGACUCAAAGCUGAUGAAGGAAACAUACGAGUCUAUCAUAUCUCGGUAUCCGCAGUCCCGUUUGUCUAAACGGUUGAUUUUGAAUUAUUGUUCAGGUGAUGAAUUUCUUAAGAGAUUAGACUCUUACCUUAAGCCAUACAUUAGAAAAGGUGUCCCUCCACUAUUCAUACAACUCUUGGGACUUUUCAGUAAUCCUGAGAAGUUGGCUUUGUUCGAGGAACUCUUGGAUAAGUAUCGCAAGAAUAUGAGUCAUUCUGGCUCUUUGGAUCUGGAAGAAAGCACUGUUAAAGAUGUUCCCACAACAGAUGUCUGGCUCAACUACCUGUCUGCUCAGUAUUACAGUUUUAUUGGAAAAUAUCAGAGAGCCAUUGAUGUUAUAGAUGUUCAGCUACUGUCAACACCUACUUUAGUUGAUUUCUAUGUGUUGAAAGCUGAUGUCUUUCACGAUUCAGGGGAUUACAUAACUGCCAGUCGGUGGAUGGAGGAAGCCCAGUCGCUUGAUACAGCUGACCGCUUCAUUAAUGCUCGCUGCACAAAAUUCAUGGUGGAAGCACACCGGCUAGAAGAUGCUACUAACAUGGCGUCUAAAUUUACAAGAGGUACCACAUCUGCAAAGGAGUAUUUGUCUGAGAUGCAGUGCAUGUGGUUUUUGCUGGAUAACGCGAGGGCACUCAAAGAAAUGGGCAAGCUUGGUGAUGCUCUUAAGCUAUGCCAUGAAGUACAGCAGCACUACAGAAAUAUUCUUGAUGAUCAAUUGGACUUCCACUCUUACUGUUUACGUAAAGUUACUCUUCGAGCAUAUGUUGAAACACUACGGUUAGAAGAUCGUUUACGAGAUCACCAAUCUUAUUUUGAUACUACCCAACUCGCUGUCGAGAUAUAUUUGCAGUUAUAUGCUCAACCGAUGGGUAGCAAUGAUGAAUCACCACAUGGAGAAAAUGAUGGUAUGUCGUCAUCUGAAGCUAAAAAGUUACGAAAUAAACAAAGAAAGGCUGCUAAACGUGCAGAAGCUGAAGCUGCUCGUGUUCGAGCUGAACAGGAACGUCGGGAACAGGCAGCUCGUUCAAGACAACCUGCAUCGGAAGAGACAAAUACUGAAAGCCAGUCGAUUACAGAAAAUGAUUUAGAUGCAAAUGCUUUAGCUAGACCUGAGGAUCCAUUGGAAGAAGCGUGUAAAUUUCUUCUUCCUCUGUUAGAAUUAUCACCUAAAAUCAUUGAGCCUUAUUGUUUGGCUUUUGAAAUUUAUGAACGGAAGCGGAAGUUUUUACUCAUGUUGAAAUGGAUUUCUCGUGGUCUUCAAUUGGAUAACUCUUGUAAUAAUCCAUGGUUUCAUGAAUGCUGUGUUAGAUUUCUCUUGCAGCUAUUCAACCGAGGGAAAUCUGAUGAUGUGGUUGGUAGAGUGCUUUCAACUGAAGCUCCUAAGUUGUUCGAUAAGUGGCCAGAAAGCAUUUCUUUGAUAAAAGAUUUUAAUGAGAAGUUUUAUGAGCGUAAUCGUGACCAGUACCCUCACGUAUUUAGAUACACUAUAGCUAAAUGUUUGAUUGAUCCGCAACAUAGAGACGACUACCUUGCUUUGAUCCCAUUACCGAACAGCAAAUUACAAGGUGUUACCUGGCAGGUGUGCAGUUCAUGUUUAGAUAUCUUACGGAGAGGUCAGUGGACAUCUUUAGGUCGUUGUGAUCCGUCUAUUAUAGAGAGAUACCGAAUCGCGUGUACUGAGUAUUUUCCUAUGGCAAAUGCAUUCCUAACAACUGCACAAAUUGAAGCAUUACGCCUAGAAAUGAUUGAAGCAGCUAAUUCAUCCGCUGUAUGCGGUAUAUUCACAAUGCCAAGUGACAAGGAUCAACCGUUAGAUGUUAGUGCAAAUCAUGAGAGUAAAUUAUCAACUGAGUUAUCUGGAAUGACUAUUGAACCUAAACCAAUGGUCAAUGGAGAUCUGAAAGAUUCGGCUAAUUGGAUCCCAAAGUCCUGUAAGAAUGCUACAAUUGGCAAUCAGGCACAAAAUGUCGUUGUUUAAUUUCUUUUUAAGCACACUUGAAUCUUUGCCAGUCAAUUCCUCCUACCAACCUUUUAUAUAUAUAUAUAUAUAUAUAUAUAUAUAUAUAUAUAUAUAUAUUCAGAGGUUUGUACGCACUGACUUCAUUGUAUUUCUUAUUGUGCUAUAGUAUGUGUACACUAUUGUAGAAUAAUGUCUUGACUCGUUUCUUUCAAACGAACUUAUCUGCAUGGUACUUUAUUUCAAUAUCUUUGCUGAUUACCGUUACCUAUAGCUACUAUUUCUCAUUUGUGCAUAAAGCUGUCCCUUAAAGUGCUUCUUUUUAUAUUUUCCAAAUUUGUGUACAACAAACCUUCAGUCUAUUGUAUAUGCACAGAUUGCAUACUUCCUAACCCUUUUCAACCCUUUUGCCAGAUGACUUGUUGAUAAUUGUGAUCACUAUCAGUGUAUUUACACUAGGUGAAGUUAAUGUGGUUGUUUAUUUGAGCCAUAAAUCUUUAGCUUUUUCGA